AUGAAUGCUGGUAGUCGAUUCACAGCAUCAUUCUGGCAUCGGACUCAAAUUGGACAUCGCAGCGAAUACUCCGUCGAACGGGUGCUCGCCCUCCGGGACUAUUACGAGCGCACUUCAAUAACCCGCGCUGUUGCAGUUUGCCUGCUGACUCCUGUUCCUGUUUUUCUGCUGAGCGUUCUGAUCGACUGCAUUCCGUUACGAGAUCCGUCUCAAGGCUGGAGGGCGAACUACACCUUUUGGAUCCGUGUUUUUUUCGACUUGUUUGCGAUCUCAAUGGGUACCGCCAUCCAAGUUCGAGCGGUGAUCAUAGCAAGUGCCAUUUCAGCCACUAAAGCCAUUACGAUAUCGCUAGGAAGCGCUUCUAGCUACCUCUUGAUGUCAAUUGGGAUUGCAGCAGUGUGGCGAUUUCCGAUUCCAUUUGGAUUAAUUUUCCCAAUACUGAUCAUCUUCUUCAUUGGCCCCCGUGCCGUAGCAACCUCACCGCUACUUCACAGCCAAUUAAAAGCGAUCGCGUUUAUUAGCUUCACCCAAGGAAUCGUGGCAGUGCUCUAUCCCCUCUUCACUGCAAUAUUCAAUCGGCUUUCGGGGAUCCAACAGACCGCUUUUGUCUUCACCAUGCCUCUGAUCAAGUUUACAGCAAAAGCUAUCAUCGCAAAGGCUGCCGAGGGGUUUCACUGCUACAUGGGUAUGAUGGUGGUAUUCUCUGUGGACUUGUUCAACGUACUGUACAUUGCGAUUUGUAUGCAAAGCUCGACUUCAGUUAUAACGACAGUAGUGAUGGUCGGUUUGGACUGCUUCCAUGUCAUUAUUGGCAUUCGGGCCAUAUUCCACCAGAUUAACAUCGCCAGGAAGAGAGGAAGAUCUAGCAAGUCGAUUACUGAACAACCAGUCGAAUGUUUUGAAGAGUUGUCGACUAUGCUAAGCAAGUUGCUCGUGGAGCCGAAGACACCAAAAACCAGCCAGCUCUCGCAUUCAAGUGUUUGCGCCAUUUCCCCUUCUGCUAUCCGACGACAAGUCUGCGAUGCUAAACAAGUUCGCAGUCAACGGCAUGCAGAUCGUUAA